UUUGUGGGUCUGGUUUAAAUAAUUUGGCUGACAGAAUGGAAAAACCAAUUAUUAUACCUUUUGAUAAAGUGCCUGGAUUUCCUUUACCUAGCGUUAUUGGACAUAAAGGAAAUGUUAUUUUUGGGUGGUUAGGAGGAAAAUAUUGUAUUUGUUUACAGGGAAGAUUUCACCCAUAUGAACAUAAUAUGGAUAUGGCUUUAUGUACAAUGCCUGUUAGAUUAAUGGCAAUGAUGGGUGUUAAAACAUUAAUAGCUUCAAAUGCUGCUGGAGGUGUCAAUUCAGAUUUAAAUAUUGGGGAUUUAAUGAUACUUAAAGAUCAUAUUUUUAUGCCUGGUCUAAUUGGAUUUUCUCCUCUUGUUGGGCUUAAUGAUCCUCGAUUUGGCAAUCGUUUUGUGUCAAUGCAAAAUGCUUAUGACCAGAAAUUGAGACAAAAAGCUUUCGUGCUAGCUAAAAAUUUUGGAAUAUCCAUUAAAGAAGGAGUUUAUUUAAUGAAUGCCGGUCCUCAUUAUGAAACAACGGCUGAAGUUUCUUUAGCUGCAAAACUCGGUGCAGAUGCUGUUGGAAUGUCCACUUGCCACGAAGUAAUGGUUGCUAGACAAUUGGGAUUGCGUUGUUUUGCUUUUUCUUUAAUUACAAAUUGUAGUAGUUUGGAUUUGGAUAAUCCAUUGGAUAUUAGUCAUUCUGAUGUUUUAGAAAUUGGAAGAAAAAUAAGUGAAAAAGCUUCGGAAUGGAUAGCACAAUUAAUUGAUAAUUUGGAUAAUGAUUUAUAA